AUGUCCACGCAACCAUGGCAGUUGCAAGCCCGGAAGGCUCAAGAUAUCCUCCGACAAUCAAUCCCUACUCAAUGGUUACUCCCCGUUGACCAAUUGCCUCCCGCAACCCAGAAAAAUGUCGAGGGUUUCCCUACCAAGAGCGGUCUUCUCAACGACCGGGAGCUUGACAUCACUAGCAUGACCGCGACGGCCCUCGUGGCAGGUAUGGAAACCGGAAUCCUGGGUGCAGAAGAGGUGGUCAUCGCGUUUCUAAAGCGUGCUGUCUUGGGACAUCAAUUGCUCAACUUCGCCACCGAAUUCAUGGCAGAAAAAGCCAUUUCACGAGCCAAAGAGCUUGAUGAAUACAGGAAGCGCACCGGAAAGAUCGUAGGACCGUUGCACGGCGUCCCAAUUAGUGUGAAAGAGCACAUAGGAUUCAAAGACCGCACCUGCAAUGGCGGCUACGUAGCAUGGGUGGACAACAUCGCUCCGCAAGAUGCACUGCUUCUACAGAGUCUGGAGAAGGCAGGGGCCGUGUUCCAUGUCCGAACGAAUCAGCCCCAGUCUCUCAUGCAUCUCUGUUGCAGCAAUAACAUCACCGGUACCACGACAAAUCCAUAUAACCGCACCCUUAGUCCUGGCGGCUCGUCUGGCGGCGAGGGGGCCUCGAUGGGAUUCAAAUGCGCGCCCCUUGGGAUCGGAUCAGACAUUGGAGGCUCGAUCCGGGCCCCUGCGGCGUUUUGCGGAGCUUAUGGGUUCCGACCCACGGCGCGGCGAAUCCCAGCUACUGGGGUCUUGCUCCCGGAGCCUGGCCAUGAGUCUAUCCUUGGAGUCGUUGGUCCCCUGGCAAGUCAGAGUGUCGAAGAUCUGGAGCUCUUCCAGCGGGUGGUGAUUGAUCAGGAGCUCUGGGACAUCGAGACGUCCCUGGUCCCAGUCCCAUGGAGACGAGUCACGCCGACCAGGGACAUGACCAUCGCAAUCAUGUGGGAUGACGGGUGUGUUCGCCCUCACCCACCGGUUACUCGUGCUCUUAGGCACGCCAAAGAACAGCUCCAGGCAGCAGGUAUUAGGGUUGUGGAAUGGGAGCCCUACAAGCAUGCCCAUGGCUGGAACAUUGUGUCCUCGCUUUACUUCCCCGACGCAGCCGACAGCCAGCGAGCUCUCCUCGCCCAGUCCGGAGAACCGACGCUGCCCCUGACCGAAUGGGCCUUCGGCUACAGCAGCGGCAAGACACUCACGGUAGGCGAGAACUGGGCGCUCAAUGCCGCGCGAGAUCAGUAUCGGGACGAAUAUCACGCUCUCAUGAAGUCCCGCGGCGUGGACUUCAUUCUGAGCCCGGCGUACGUGGGCACCGCCUCCGUUCUAGGCGAGUCAGAGUACUGGAAUUACACGGCCAUUUGGAAUAUCCUGGAUCAACCCGCCGUGGCGUUUCCGAGCGGCUUGGUGGUCGAUCCGGUGUUGGAUAAGGUUGAUCCCAGGUAUUCGCCAAGAGAUGUGGUGGAUGCUCGCGAGUGGCGAAAGUACAGCCCGGAAAGGUACGAGGGUGCGCCGGUGGGACUGCAACUGACGGGGAAGCAUUUCAAGGAUGAAGAGACAUUGGCUGCGGCCGGACUGGUCUCGAGGAUCCUUCUCGAUCAAGGAGACACGCUGUCGAAGCUCUAA